CAGGGUCACAUCUUCCCCUCACCUGAGAGGUUGACUUCCUGCUUUUCUGGUGGGAGGUGGCUCCUGAUUCCUUAUUCGCAUAUUCUGCACUCAGAAGUAUGGAAUAGACACCCCCGCAGAAGGAACUGGGAUUUGAACAGCUCCACCGCCCCUCCCCCAAUAACCCAGAGGCUAUCCCAAAAUCAAAUGGCUGUGCCAGAUGCACGGCUCCUAAUGACUAGAAACCGUGCCUUCAGCCCAAGCCUGUGGAACUCCCUCCCACCUAAGACUAGACUGAACUUCAGGUGCAUGACUAAGACUCCCUUGUUCCAGCAGGCAUUUUAAGAAUGAGAGAGUGGUGGAUUCAAGUGGGCCUGCUGACCGUGCCACUCAUUGCUGUCUACCUCCACAUCCCACCCCCAAAGUUGUCACCAGCUCUGCACUCAUGGAAGUCAUCAGGAAGCUACUUCACGUACAAGAACCAGAACAUAUUUUACAGAGACUCCUCAGGCGCAGUUGGCAGUUCAGACAUUGUGGUUCUUUUGCAUGGCUUCCCAACCUCCAGCUAUGACUGGUACAAGAUUUGGGAAGGGCUGACUCAGCGAUUUCACCGAGUGAUUGCUCUGGAUUUUGUGGGAUUUGGCUUCAGUGACAAACCGAGGCCUCACCAGUAUUCCAUCUUUGAGCAAGCCAGCAUCGUGGAAGAACUGCUGGGCCACUUGGGCCUCCUGAACCAACGGAUCAACCUUCUCUCUCACGACUACGGGGACACAGUUGCGCAAGAGCUGCUCCACAGGUACGAGCACAAUAAAACUGGGAGUGUCCUUAUCAAUAGCCUGUGUCUGUCAAACGGAGGUAUUUUCCCAGAAACUCACCAUCCCAGAUUCAUUCAGAAGAUUCUCAAAGACGGUGGCCUGCUAUCGCCCAUUAUUACCCGAUUAUCAAACUACUACUUCUUUGCCAGAGGACUUGCGGAAGUCUUUGGCCCCUACACUCAGCCUUCAGAGGCUGAAUACUGGGACAUGUGGACUGCAGUUCGAACAAAUGACGGAAACCUUGUGGUUGACAGCAUUUUACAGUACAUCAACCAACGGAAGAAGCACAGAGACCGCUGGGUUGGAGCCCUGAAGUCCACAUCUGUUCCUCUACAUCUCAUUUAUGGGCCUCUGGACCCCGUAAAUCCAUAUCCGGAGUUUCUUCAGCUCUACAAGCAAGUGCUUCCAAUGUCGACAGUGUCUGUGCUGGAUGACCACAUUAGCCACUACCCCCAGCUGGAGGACCCCAUGGGCUUCCUGAGUGCAUACCUGAACUUCAUCAACUCAUUCUGAGCCACAAGCAGGAAUCAGAGACAUUUUUACAUCCUAGAGGGCUAAAUUGUGCACUUAGAGCUCUGGACCAAAAACCACUCCAUGCAGUGAGCAGGAAGCUCUUGCAGUUUCUGCUGCCUUGGCGAGCGAAGCGAUAGACUCAUGGUUAGCAUCUCACAUGCGUGGCUGGGGUGGAGAGCCAGAAGUGACUUGUUCAUAAGCUCCGCUGCUGAUGCGCCACUCCUCUCUCUCAGCUGCCUGAAAAGAGAAGGAUGGUGCUGACAGGGAGACUGAAGCAUAUAAACAAGUGGGUGAUUUCUGCUGUUGCUCCUCUCUAUAUUCAGGUCUUGCUUCCUUCAAAGAUGAACACGUAUCAGGUUGUGGGAUGGGGAGAGAUCUUGUUUCUUGCGCAGCUUGUUUUGUCUCUUGCCAGAAAGGUCUUCAUGUCUUCCCUUUGGUGGAUGGGAGGCAUCCUGGUGAGGGUUAUUCCUCCCAUCUGGGCCAAGGCUGGGGCUAUGCAAAUUCACUUAGCCUGUCCUGUUGGGUGGGAGGAAUGACUCCCUCACCCCUUUCAGGGUGUAAUGGAGCGGAGCUUCUGGAACAGGCUCCGUGGGCCAGAUCCUUAUCAGGAUUGGCCUCGUGGGCCAAAUCGGACAGGUGGGCAGAGCUGGGAACAGGCACCUGCAGCCAAUACCGAAUUGAACCCUUGCCCCCUGCCCAUCAGCUGAUGUCACAAGUGAUGGGUUUGGAGAACAUGGCACUGUAGGUGAAGAUUAGCCCACAGACUGUUCUCAAAGGAAAAAACCCAAACUGCAAAAUGACUUUAUCCAAACUGCAAAAUAAUUUAAAACAAGCACAAAAACAUGUUCUAGGUAUUGAGUACUGACAGCCAAGGAAGCAGCAACGAAACAAGACAGUAGGUCAUACUUAGGGUUCAAAUGAUACUUACAUGGAAUCUCUGGUGCCCAAGGCUGACCGCCUCUAUCCUGCUGCGGAGCAGUUAAGAGGCCCAACAGCAUCAAAGUCCCUGGUGGGGGGCAGGCUCAUCUCCCUCCGUUGAUGAUGGGAAAUACGUCACGUGAAGUCUGGCCUUCUUCCUUGGUGUCGGCCCAGGAGACAUCAGAGGCAUUCUGGGUGGGGUCAUUGCCAUACCCAGAACAGGAAGGGAAGCUAUUGGAGCAUCUGCCUUCCACAGGCAGCAGCAGGGGGUGCGAGCCUGGCUUAUAGUGCCUCAGGAAGGAAGAAGCUGUGGCUGAAAUGGUUUCUUCCAGAGAUGUGUUAGUGAUGAAUCUCCUAGGAGCUGCAGCCCUCUAUUCGAGUGGGCCAUGAGCCCGAGAGUACUUUUCUCUGUCUGCCUUUGUGACAACUUCUUACCCUUGCAAAGGGCUGGCAAAAUGCAAAUAAGCUUUCAGGCCUCUUGUUUUUGGGGCUGUCUGGAUGUGGGCUUGUGCCACUUCUUGCAAUGACUGAUCAGGGCAAAGGUUGGGAGGUACUAUCUCCCGUGAGGCCUGUGGAAAGUGGAGAUCACUUUGGGGAUAAAGAGAAAGUGCAUUUAGUAGCAAAAGGGUAGCUCUUCGGCCUGUCCAGAGUUAUUCAGGGAUAGCUGCAUGCAGAACAUCCCAGAUUCAGGCCAUGACAUCUCCAAAUAAAGAAUUGGGUGACAUGAAAAGACCUCUUCCUGAGACUUUUGAGAGCUGCCCAUCAGUGUAGUUACUGCACUAGACAGAUGAUUUUGGCACCAUGCUAUACAGAGUUGGCACCAGCCUGCCCCAGCACAUGCCUGUCCAACUCUCCCUGAAGGGCCCCUCCUUAGGGUGGAUGGGUAGUGCUCCCUUCCACGAUCUGCAGUGGGGACCCAGGGGCCCUUGGCCGGGGCCUGACCUGGCCGCCCUCUGGCGCUGGCCCUGAUCCUAUGUUCUGUAAUAAUAACCUAAUUUGUCUGGACUUUGAAUCAUAGAAUAGUAGAGUUGGAAGUGUCCUACAAGGCCACUGAAUCCAACCCCCUGCUCAAUGCAGGAAUCCAAGUUAAAGCAUACCCAAGAGGUGGGUGUCCAGCUGCCUCUUGAAUGCCUUCAAGGUUAGGCAGACACCAUUAUUGGCCUGGUGUAACUUUCCUCACAACCAGGAAUAGUAUGACGUCAAAAAGGCAAAACUGGAUCUCUUAAGAGAACCCACACCCUGCAGCUAUGCAGUGGGCAAGGCUGCGGGAGCUUCCUCCCUGGCAGCUGGCACAAGUCUAAGCAAUUUGGUCUGGCUGGAGCGACCACGCUCCAGGCAGGAUGCCCUCCCUGACUACUGGCCUUUGCAGAGUUUAGUCUGCAUGAACUUUCCUAAGUGAAGGGAGGUGUGUAGGAAGGACUAAAGCAGCCCCAACAGCACAAGGCUCCCACCUCUGCCUGGCAGGCUUGUAGGUGGUUUUGUCCCUGAGCCAUUUUUCAAGACAUCCUUUCAGUGGACUGGCAGGUGGACACUCCUACACUCUGAAAAGUAGAUGUGGUGCUGCUGUUAAUCAACUAGCAACAGCAACAGCAACAGCGGCUUACAGCUGUGUAGUGUGAGCUUCAUCUUGUCUUAAGGGACAAUGUUCUUGGCUCACAUAAUACUCGAGAAUGAAGCUCUGACGUGAGUUCUUGCACAGUCAGACUUGGGCAGCUGGCCACUUCUUUGCUUUAAGGGUGAAGAGCGGAGCAAUAGGAAGCCAGUAACUUGGAAUUCAUUUAGGGUAGGUUCUCUUGCCCAAGGUGAGAUAGAGAAACUGAUCUGAAUGCCUGCAGGGUGAUUACAGGCAUGCAGUGAAAUGGUUGGGUUUCACCUACAUGCUUGCUCAAAAUGUGGUGGUGGUGGCGGCAGCAGUCUGGAAAACUGAACUAAGCUGGUGCUGGUUCUGCAGCAGUUCCUUCAGUGGCAAUCUGUCUGCUUAACUCUCUCAUCCAUUUGGUGGUCAUGAACUGUUUUUAGUUUAAUAAGGAAAAAUAUUGCACAGGAAAGACCCAAGAUUAUGCCAUCCUGACAUUUAUUUGCUAUGCAAAGUGACCACUUGUCAGGCAGAAAACGGACAAAAGAAAACUUGGUCUUUUUCAAAGAAAACCCGAGACUGCAAUCCUAACCCCAUUUACCCAGAAGUAAGCCCCACUUACUUAUUACUGAACACUAAAGCCAGGAUCAUUCAGACCAUGGUAUACCUGAUCUCUGUGUAUGGAUGUGAAAGUUGGACAGUGAAAAAAGCAGUAAGAGAAAAAUCCACUCAUUUGAAAUGUGGUGCUGGAGGAGAGCUUUGCGGAUACCAUGGACUGCGAAAAAGACCAAUAAUUGGGUGUUAGAACAAAUUAAACCAGAACUAUCACUAGAAGCUAAAAUGAUGAAACUGAGUUAUCCUACUUUGGACACAUAAUGAGAAGACAUGAUUCAUUAGAAAAGAUAGUAACGCUGGGGAAAACAGAAGGGAGUAGAAAAAGAGGAAGGCCAAACAAGAGAUGGAUUGAUUCCAUCAAGGAAGCCCCAGACCUGAACUUACAAGAUCUGAACAGGGUGGUUUGCGAUAGAUGCUCUUGGAGGUCGCUGAUUCAUAGGGUCACCAUCAGUCAUAAUCAGCUUGAAGGCACAUAACAAGCCCCACUGAAUUCAAUAGAACUUACUUCUGAAUAGGCACGGUAUUUACCUUUCUCUUUUCCUCUGUACACAUGAAGUACAGGAUCUUGCUUGUUAGCCAGCAGGGAAACCCUUUCCACUGAUACCCGGUUCCCACUAGAAGAUGCCAGGCUCCUACCCUCUUUCAAAAUGCAGAUUUGUGAAGCAGUUGUUAACACAGCAACUAAAGGAACAGCUUCUCAACCUA